AAAAAGGAGAGCCUGCAGCCGUAAUUUGCCUCAAGGGAAAUUGCAAUCUGCCUUCGCAGAUUUUUUUUUCAGCGGUCUUGCCUAGAUUAAUGUCGUUUUAUCUCUAUUGAACUUCAAUGGAGUAUAUAUUAUAGAGCAUGUUAUUAUCCCCACUUGGCUUAAAUGUUCUGGGCAAAGAUUUCACCUUGUCUAUUGUUUAAUACACAACAUGCUUUUCCUGAAACACAACACCCUGCCCUAAUUAAUUAAACAUUGCUUGUGUUCCAAUGGCUGAUAACCUGAGCCCUUUUAGUUGUAUAAGUGGUGAAAGGCGACAGUCUUAUUUGGACAAGAUCUAGACUGAGAUUGAGGGACUCCGACAGAGACUAAGCAGAGAUCUAGAACAGGCAUGUUAGACCCCAGGCAAAGCGAACUUCUCUCGCAUGAGUCGCGGGUGUAUGGGAAACCGUGGUUCUGGCAGCGGAACUCCUGCACUAUGGAGAGCAGCCGGAGCCUCGCGCGGGUGAUCAUGGAGAUGCGCAACGAAAUUAAAAAGCUCGAGACCGAGAACAAGGUGCUGCGGGGGGAAAUUGAACAGCCGACGAAUGGGACUGAGCAGGGGGAACUGACAGUGCCACCCCACAACCUGCGACGGAAUGCAUCCGCGCCUGCGCUCGAGGGACAGUACAAGGAGAACAUUGUGAUGACGGUCCGUAGAUACUCAGUGGCCUCCAAAAUGCCAGAUGUUAUCCAGAAGAGUGAGGGUGAAGAGCGGCUACCAAAGGACGGAGACGUUGGACGGGAGAGUAAAUCCAGUUGGGGUCGACUCCACCAGGAAGUCCACGCAAAGGGCCCAUCCAUUGUCGGGAACUCCACGCAAAAUGAGAUCUGUUCCUCUGCAACAAAAUUAACCAACAGACUCUCUCUCCAAGAAUAUGUGCACAAAAACAGGUCCAAAGUAAAGACUGUCACAUUUCUUCUGCCUGUGGAUGACAUCUACACCAACCGACCAGCUCUGGCAAACCAUUUGCCAAAUCUGGAUGCAACUGCGGAGACGGAUUCGUGAAGUGAAUAUCGUACAAGUCAUUAGUUGUACGACACUGAUGCAGAGAGGUGGACACUUUGGUGGGACAUUAUGAAGACAUAUGAAGACAAGGGAGUUAAGACAUUUACAUUAACAUCAUUUACAGGAUUGCCUUCAGAAAGUAUUCAGACCACAUCACUUUUCUAUCAAUCUACACCAUACUCCACAAUAACAAAGACAAAACACGUUCUGAGACAUUUAUGCUCAUUUAUUGAAAAACUCCUGUACAUAAAUAUUCAAACUCUUUGCUGUGACACUCCAAAUUUUUCUGAGAUGCAUCCUGUGUCCUUUGAUCAUUCUUGACAUUUCUCUUGAAUCCACCUGUGGUAGAUUCAAUUUUUUGGACAUGAUUUAGAAAUGCACAUACCUGUUUAUAUAAGGUCCCACACUUCACAACUAUCCCUGCUUCUGCGAAGUACUCAGUAAAGUGCCUGAAUACGUAUUUAAGAUAUUUCAGUUUUCUAUGUUCAAUAAAUUGGCAACUUUCUAAAA